GACAAGACAGUUGUUUAAUGUCAUAUAGUUCCUAUGUUCCCAUGUUGAAUAAGGAUUCAAACCCCAGUAUCUGGCUCUACAGCCUGUGGUACAUUACACCAUGUUGUCCAACAAGCAUAGCUCUCAGGGUUACAUGGUUUGUUAAAGUGGUUAAAAACCCCAAUCAAAGGCCACGUGGAAGUUCUUAAGCAGGGGUAGGUUAUGCCAGAAAAAAAGUAGCUGCUAUUCAGCUAAUUUUCUCACAUUUACUCAGUCUUUCCCGUCUCUAAAAUAAAAAUGAAUCUAAGUUCCAGAGAAAACAAACGGGGGCAGUGUGAGUCAAGGAAGUGAAUAAUAAUAAGCAGAAGAGAAAGGCAGCCUCUGCUGAUUGGGAGGUAGUCCCAAGAGGUCGGCCUUCUGCAGUUGCCAAGCAACGAGUGUAAACAGCACAAGAUCAUGGCCACUAACUACAGUGCCAACCAGUAUGAAAAGUCUUUCUCAUCCAAGUAUCUGCAGAACUGGUCUCCCGCUAAGCCAACAAAAGAGAGCAUCUCUUCUCAUGAAGGCUACACUCAAAUUAUUGCCAAUGAUCGUGGUCAUCUACUGCCUUCUGUGCCCCGUUCCAAGGCAAAUCCUUGGGGUUCCUUCAUGGGCACCUGGCAAAUGCCUCUGAAGAUACCCCCUGCUCGGGUGACCCUGACCUCCCGUACAACUGCUGGUGCUGUCUCCCUCACCAAAUGGAUACAGAAAAAUCCUGAUUUACUCAAGGCCUCCAAUGGGCUGUGUCCUGAAAUCUUAGGCAAGCCCCAUGAUCCAGACAGUCAGAAGAAACUCAGAAAGAAGUCUAUCACAAAGACUGUACAACAAGCACGAAGUCCAACCAUAAUUCCAAGCUCCCCAGCUGCCAACCUCAAUUCCCCAGAUGAACUCCAAAGCUCACACCCCUCUGCAGGUCAUACUCCAGGUCCCCAAAGCCCAGCCAAAUCCUAAGAGCCCACCUGGAAGUCCACGUAUGCUAGAACUCUGGGCAGGGCCUAACCUAGCUGAGGUCCAGAAAUACAAACCUGGAACUUCAUAUGGACCAAGUGGCCACACACUGAAAAACCCAUAUAGCGACUGAGUGAAAUAAACAAGAGCCCCCAGUCAGAAAUGGGACACAGGGAAAUUUUGGGGUGGGAGUAAAAGCAAAUUUGGAAAAUAAACUUUUUUUUGUUUAAUCUUU